CAAUUUAUUUUUAUUAAUAAAAAAAUAUAAUUAGUGUUAUUGUUAUCCUCACUUUCUCUCUCUUCCUAUCACUUUCCUCCUCUUUGUCAAAUUCUCCCCACCUUUUUAUUUUAAUCACAUUUUCAUAUUCAACCCAAGAAAAAAUACGGUCAAAAAAAUUAAAAUUAAAAAUCAUCAAACUUUUGCUCCUUCUUCCUCUUCUUCUUCUCUCUCUAUCUUACCAUCUUACAGAGGUUUUCUGAAACUUGCUACAAUAUAUAUAAUAUACCAUAGUAUUAAAAAAAAAACAUAGUAAUUACUACUAUAUCAACUAAUAAAUAUUCUCAUUCACAUUAUCUUCUCUUUUUAUUACAACUUUUCCAGAUUUUUAUUAUUUUUAUUUUUAAUCUUCUGGGUGGUUUAUUGCUUGCAUUUGUUGUUCACCUGCCCCUUAUUUUUUUUUUUAAUCUUUUUCUUAAAACUCACUUCAAUCUUCUUAUUCUUCAUCUUCACACAGAAGAAGAAGAUACAGAGAAUAUCUUUUUUUUAAUUUUUUUUUCUUUUUUUUUUAAUAUUGACGCGUAGAAAGUUCAGAAGAAAAAAAAAGGUGUUUUGAUUUGAGAUUUCAAUCCUAAAUCAAAAACCCAAUCGAGUUUAUUCUAUUCUGAUUCUCUUUCUAUUUUUUUGAUCGUAAUAUCUUGAUCGAAUAAUUUCACCCAGAAUUAGGCAUUUUUUACCCAACUUUUUUCUUUCAAUCUUUCUGCAAAUUAAUCAUCUGGGCAAUCGAAUUUGGGGAUUUUAAGAAGUGGGUGUUGAUCAGAAGAAGUUUUUAGGAUCUGGGUGAGUGAGAAUUCGAUCAAAAAUGGGGUCAAAAUCAGGUGGUCAUAAUAAUAAUAAUAGUAGCGUCAAUGGAGGUGUGCUUGAAAAUUGGAGGGAUUAUUUUAGGAGAGCAAAUUCUGAUAUAUUUGAAAUAAUCGAGCACGCAAUAAUGGUGGCAGCUUCAGAUUGCCCUAAAGAGUUCAAAGUUAGGAGAGAGAAAAUAGCUGAACUUCUGUUCACAUGUAGAUUGACUAGGUGUUUGGGUUGUGAACGAGUUGAGUUAGCAGUUUCCGAGGUUGUUGAUUAUGAUGAUGGGUAUGAAGUUAAGGGGAUGAAGAUUAAAGGGGUUGAUCAGUUUAAUGUGGAUGAUCAUGUUCAUGGAUGUCAUGGUGAUGGUGAUGGGGAUGUGGAUGGUGGGAGUAAAGGGAGUAAAGUAAAUAGUACAACUAGAGAUGGGGAUGAUUAUGAUCUUGGUGAUGUUGGUCAGAUGGAGAUGAAUGUGAAUAUGAUGAUGAAUAAUCAUGAGAGUAAUUUUAGCUAUGAUGAUGCUGAGGCUUUGACUGAUGAGAUUGAAGAGGCUAGAGAAGUUGUUGAAGAGGUUUUGAGGAUUAAAGAUAUAAUCCUUAAUAGUCAAGAUGAGUCUGAUUCGGUGUUGUUCGAGUCGUUGAGGAGGUUGCAAUUGAUGGCUUUGAAUGUUGAUAUCUUGAAGACAACGGAGAUUGGGAAGGCUGUUAAUCGCAUUAGAAGACAUAAUUCAAAGGAGAUUCGUCAUCUUGCUCGGGCGUUGAUAGAUGGAUGGAAAAUUAUCGUUGAUGAGUGGGUAAAAGCCACCCAAGAACUUGCAGAAGGAGGUACCCCGGAUUCUGUUAACCCAUCCACAGUUGAUGAAGAAGAAGGGCUUCCUUCUCCUCCAAUGGAUGAAGGAGUGUUCUUCUCCACGCAAACUAUGGAUUUUACGCAGUUCUUUGAUGGCAUGGAUGAUGAUGGAAAUCCUCGAAACUGUGGGGAAUUCGACAAGAACCUGGAAGUUCGGGAAGCUGUAAGAAAGCCCUCUGUGACUAAGCAAGGCCCUCCAAAUAGGAGAGUAGAACCUCCUAAACAGAUGACUCCACCAAUUAAGGAUAACAAGGUGCAACAAGUGAGAAGAGUGGAGCCCCAUCCAAAGCCAAACAAGCCCGCUAUCAUCCAAUCUGGCCCUGGUAGACCUGUAAAACCUAAUGGUGAGCUGAGAACCGGCAAAGAUUCUAAACUUCAGCAAAAACCUAUGGUCCACAGAAGGCCACCUCCUCAACCUGAGAAGAUGAGAUCUUCGAGUGACAAUGCAGUCCAAGAGAAACUAGAAGCCACAAAAAGGAAACUCCAGGAGCGUUACCAACAAGCUGAGAAUGCAAAGAGGCAGAGGACCAUACAAGUAAUGGAGAUACAUGAUCUUCCGAAACAAGGGCUUUCUAAACCAAAUGCAUUUGGUAAAUUUGGCAACAACAACCGGCAAUGGGCGAAUGGAAGGAGAUAAUUUUGUCUGAGAGAGAUUCAUUCGGGCUCCUUAACAUGAGACAUAAGGUGGCUGACAUGCUUUCGAUUCGAGAGUUAGUCAUAAGUUUUUCGGCAGAAGUUUGAGCUUCAUGCUAACAAGGCUGGAAGCUUCAAUUCUUCGAUUGUUUGGGAACAUUCUUUCUUGAGCAGUUGAUUUAGCAGUCAUUUGAGCACCUAAGUAUCAAGCAAGAGUUGUGAUUUAAACUUACUCCCUAUGUUUCAAUGACUGUUUGCCACAGUUCCUUUUGUUCCUUAGCCUGGAUUAUACAUGAAACUCUGCACAGAAAAAUAAUGUGCAUUUUCAUAGUCUCACUUUGACAUGUAACACAAAAAUAAUAAAAGUACAUAUGUUACUUACUUCACAAGAUUUAUAUGUGCUUAGUGAGUUCUUGUAUAUUUAGGGGUAUUUUUGGUGAUUAUCCUUAAAAAGUAACCUUCCUGGUAAUCAAAUUGAGGGGUUCAGUAAAUUUUCAGUGUAAUAAGAUUUAGACAAAGAUACAAUUUACAGAUGUGUAACAGAAUUUAUGUUUCUUGCA